AUGGGAAAAGUUUCUUUACAAACAUCCACUGGGGGAGAGACGGUGAAGAUACACGAAGCGAGCAGCGGCGAUAGGAGCGAGUCUCCGUCAACUGUUUUUGACCCUCUCUUGGAAAAGCAAGUGUGGCGAAAAUUGGAUAUGUGGAUUUUGCCCGUCGUGGCUAUGUUCUACUUUUUGUCCUUUUUGGCAAGUUUUCAUCGCAAUAUUGGCAACGCACGGGUGGCUGGCCUUCAGAAAGAUCUGAAGAUGACAAACAAAGAGUAUAGCAUCGCCUUGACUGUCACAUAUGUACCCUACAUCGUUGCCGAGCUCCCUUCAAAUCUCCUUCUCAAGGCGAGCAGUUCUCUCCUCUUCAGUUUAUAUACCGUCGGGCCUAACUUAAUGCUCCCCACCAUGUUGACUCUGUGGGGCGUCGUUACUGCUCUCCAAGGUGUCGUUCAAACCUAUGGUGGUCUAUUGGCUUGCCGAUUCUUUCUAGGCCUUUUGGAAGGCGGCGUCUUCCCCGGUCUCGUCUUAUACCUAUCUUUCUUCUACCCUCGUCAUCAGCUUCAAUGGCGUAUCUCCGCCUUCUUCUCCGCGGCGUCUCUCUCUGGCGCAUUCUCGAGUCUCCUUGCUUUUGGUAUUAUUCGGGUGAACGGCAUUGGGAACCGGCACGGCUGGGCGUGGAUUUUCAUUAUCGAAGGGUCGUUCACCUUCGCCCUUGGUGCUCUUUCAUACCUUCUGCUGCCAAGAUCGCCAGCCCAGGCUCGCUUCUUCAACGAGCAGGAGAGAAGAUAUAUUGUUUUAAAGCUCCGGGAAGACGGCGCAACUGGAAAAGACGAAGCUGCGGAUGCAUUCAGCUGGAGGGAAGUUGGCAUGGCGUUCAAGCUUCCCCAGGUCUGGAUGUUGGCUAUCAUAUUCUUCUUCGAUGGAGCGAUUUUAUUUGGCCUUGCAUACUUCACACCUUCAAUCGUUCAAAGCCUUGGUUACAACACGUCUCGUGCGCAGCUGAUGAGUGUUCCCCCUUUCGUGGUUGCCUUCGUCUUAAGCAUGACCGGCGCUUAUGUAUCUGACAAAUACCGAUGCCGUGGCAUCGUGGCGAUGUUCUCAUCCUUUCUAUGCGUGAUGGGAUUCGGCGUUUUCUUGGGCGCUACCACCCCUCAUGUCCAGUAUGGAUCUUUGUUCUUUUCGAUUUCCGGCACCUACCUCGCCGCACCCACGCUCUCCACCUGGAGCGCCAACAACGCCGCUCCACAUGCCCGUCGUGCAACAGCCAUUGCCAUCGGUUUUAUCAUGACUAACUCGGGCGGCAUCCUCGCCACGUGGCUCCUGGGAUCCCUGUCCCCUGCUCCGCGAUACCUCAAAGCUACCAGAACACUCCUGACAUUUUCUGUACUCAUGUUUCUUCUUAGUGGGAUGAACACGUGUUACCUGUGGAAUCAGAACAAGAAAAAGAAAAAUAUUCGAGUGACGUCGAAGAAAGACGAGGAGAAACCUGGGUUAGGCGAUCUGUCUGCGUGGUUCGAGUACGCGCUUUGA